AUGAACAGUAUUGAAUCUUCAAUUGAAAUAGAAACUUUGGAGGUUUGUCCUCAAUUUAAAUCUAUAGAAUUGAUAAACCAUUUAGAAGGUAAUAACUUUAUUCAUAUAGAAACUAAAGAAAAAGAAUCACCAGACCAUUUUAUUUCAAAUAAUAAUUGUGACAAGACAAAGUCUCAAAGUAAAGAAGAUACAGACACAACAAAUAGAGAAGAGUGGUUAUACUAUAAAAAACUUUACCAAAAACGGUUGAAGGAUAGAGAACUAUUUAAAAGACGAUGUAAACGAUGUGGUGAAUUUGGGCAUUUUCCUAAAGAGUGUAAGAAUGAACCAAAAUUUAAAGAAGAUAUUAUAAAAGAAAUUGAGACAACACGAGGAAAACAAACAUUUAGAAUUAAUUGUCACAGUAAGAAAACAAUAAAUCAACAAAAAUAUGAACAUCAUAGACAAUUACCAAUCCAAAAAUUUCAAAAACUAAGAGUACCAAUAAAUUGUAGAUAUUAUUGCGAUUAUUGUAGAGAAUAUGGUCAUAAAACAUUUGACUGUCCACAUAAAUAUUAA